AUGGCUCACAGAUAUCAAUUCGACCAAUUUCCCGUUGAGGUCAUCCGCCGCAUUGCCGCCAGUGGACCAUGCAGCUCUGCAAUAUCUCUUCUCCUCACUAGUCGAAAGUUGUACUCUGCUUGUAGCGACUGGACAGUCUUUCAAUCCCUCAUCGAGAGCAAUAGUAAUGGAGGACGCCAAUGGAAUCUAGGAAUGUCGAUGUUUCGCCCAGACAAGGUAGUCUGGGCAAGGUAUGCGUUCGCGGACAUGCGGGCAGCGCAGUUCAUGACUUAUGCCACCGAUUCCUCACCAGAAAAUGCUUCUAAAUGGGCUCCAAUGCUGAUGACUCUUCAUCACCCGCUGCUUGAGUUUGAACACAUCAAACAGCUAUCAAUGGGUCUUCGCAGCAGCCAACCCCAGGACAUACUUCUCCUUCAAUUUUGCAUCACGGCAUGUUCAAUGUCUCACCGAACUUUCCAACCAGGCUUCGAUAGCGAUGAAGAGAGAACCCUACUCUAUGCUUCCUUACUCGGUCAUGACCUGGAGGGCAAAGAUCCUCUUGACCUUCCCAGAGUCCUCUCAAACCUCCAAUAUUUCCCAAGCAUACCAACAAAUGGCUGGCCCAGGACCCAUAAUCCAGCAACACCGCUAUCCCAACUCCUCCUCCUAGCCUACAAAGCACUACCACUUAUCUACUACAAUUUGAUGAUAGCGAUCACGCACAACAAAGUUUACGUGCUAAAACCUCCCACUCAUACCCCUAACCCCCCACCACAGCCCCCAGCACCGCCUAAUCAUCUCCCUCCCACCGCCAUCCACAUUCCAUUUACGUCGUUCAUGAAUAUACCUUUACCAUUUUCUCUCAAAUGUGAAGAGGACUUCACGACCGCCCACCUCCCAGCAAUGACACAUCCAUCGUUUAUCUCUGACGGGACAUGGAAAGGCUACACCCUCACAACCUGGGAUGAAGGACCAGAGGUAGGAAGAUUCGACAUUCCUAUUUCCAAUGUCAAAUUCCACACCCGCACCUCCCCCAACGACUCCAAUAUAUUAGAAAUCUGGUGUGAGAAGUUGCACAGUGAGAUGAUGGGUAGGUAUCGCUUCCGAGGGACGGUGGAGAGAGAUACUGGGAAGAUGGAGUUGGUCAAGUGCUACGAUCCGGCUUAUAUCGAUCUCCCGCAUCAGGCGGUUAUGACACCUUUUGGAAUUAUUGGGACGUGGGGGGAGCGGAAUGCAGGGAAUUGGUUGUGGCUGUGGAAGAGUGGGUGGUGUGAUAGUGAGGAAUGA